UCGGGAUUCCUUCGCCAGUGCGGACGUCGUGGUCGUCGUAGUCGUUCGGAACAACCCCCGUUUGGUUGGUUCGCCGGGUCAACUCUUUUGGGAUUUGGCUGGCUGGCUGGCUGUUCUUUGCCUGGUUCGGUGCUAGUGGCCCCAAAAUUUCCACCCUCAAGAAGGAUAAUUGCUUUGACGCGUGUGUGCACACAACUGUUAUUACUCCCCCCCUCCCCCCCCCCCCUCUCGGCUUAAGGGGGGAAAUUCGAGGCCAUGUCCGCGCUGUGGUCACGGAUUUCAACAGCGUCAAGGGUUACCCCUUAAGUGGCCUUGAGUGUGGUCAUCAAGUGGUCAUCGUUUUGAGUGAUUUCAGAAAAAUAGUGCGUGCUCACAGCUCAACGGUUCAGAGCGGGGAAAAAAGUUCAAAGUGAGUUGAAGGAAAAUUCGUGGAAAAUUCGUUUUUGUAGAUUGAAGAGUCGUAAAAGCUUAAUGAAUCCUUCCGGUUAGAUAAUUCGUUCCAAUUAUUCUACCGGCUCUGGAAAAUCCCAUUAGUCGCGUAACUCAAAAAGUCGUGAUUUCCAGCUUGAAAAAUCACGAAUCAAUUUUCCGAGUUUUCCACUUGGCAGCGUUGAAAGAGUGGAGGUGAUUGUGCCGCUUUCCAUUGAAAAAAAAGAAAAAAAAAGCAUUAAAGAAGUGUUUCUGGGAAGAGCAGCAAAAAAAGGGCUAGCAAUCGGAAGAAAAUUCGUGAUGAUUCGCCAGAAGCACUUCAUCCCAUGAGAGUGUGGGGCAGGGCAGGGAAAAAUCAGGAAAAACUACCAAAAGUGUGAGAGCCAGAAGUGAGGAAGAUGAUGAUGGAAGAUGGUGGCUGAUUGAAGUCAGAUCGAUCGAAAGCGAGCAAGUCAUUCCGGGAAAAUUUUGGAUACACACACACACACACACACCCACCCACAUACCUGGCGCGGGAAGUGAAUUGAUUGUGGAAGUGGCGUCGGGCAGGUUGAAGUGAGGAGUCAAGUUUGGUGCUGGUGCUGGUGUGGGAGGAAAAGAGUUGUUUUUCUUCCGGUGAGUGAAUCGAACCAAGAAUUUUCCAGCAGCAGCAACAGAAGAGGAAAAAGCCACCCCAGCGUCGACGUUCAGACGUCGUUAUUCGAUCGUCUUUAUCGGAACCGAGGACCGGAGACUGAGCACCGAUAGUAACAAGACUUGAAAAUGAGACGCGGUUCGGCAAGUUGGCCGAAGCUCAGCCGGAAAGCCACCGUUAGAUCCGAGAACCGGUGCCACCGAUGAGGAACGUCGCCGCCGCCGCCGCCAUCAUCAUCGACGACGGAUGCAUUCGGAGAGCGCGAGCCACAAAAAUGUCCCACUUGACCAACAAUGACCAUUAAUCGCGCCGGUAAUGAUGUUGUGCGACAUCUUGCUUUGCUGCGCCGUCUGCUGGUGGCACUAGUCCUUCUCGUCCAAGGUCCGGCAAGUCCGAAGAAUCUGCACCGCCGCAGUCGUGGUCAGCAACUACUGCUGUCUGCUGCGUCCGCCUCCGUCGUCCGGUGGUGGCCCCUGGCCGUGCCCUGCGUGCUGCUUGCGGUCGUCCUGCCCCGGUACGGUGGCCACUGUUACGCCAAAAAUGAGAAGGAGAGUUUCGUUAAAACAACCGAUGUCGAAGCAAUCGAGGACCACCAAGCAAUCCUGUACUGUCCACUUCUAGCGUCGAACCGCGAUAAAAUCAACAUGGUGCUGUGGUUCCGAGAUAACGCCGGCAUCCCGCUAUACAGCCUGGACGUCCGCGGAAAGUCACUCAAUGACGCCCAGCACUGGUCGGCCCCGCAAGUCUUCGGUACCCGGGCACGAUACGUCCUUGAGAGUGACCCAGCAUAUUUGGAAUUGAACGAAAUUAAACGUCAUGAUCAGGGCAUUUACCGGUGCCGUGUCGAUUUCCAAAACAGCCAAACCCAGAGCUUUCGCUUCAAUCUCACCGUCAUUAUUCCACCCGAGCCGCCGGUGAUCCUCGAUCGAUGGGGACGCGUCAUAAAUAGUACAAUAAUCGGACCAAAGGAGGAAGGAGAUGAUAUACUGCUCACGUGCCGGGUAGUUGGAGGACGACCGCAGCCCGACGUGCUCUGGUUCAUCAACGAUAAUCUGGUGGAUAAUCAGAUCGAGCAAAACACCGGCAACGUCAUCGAGAACCGGCUGCUGUGGACGUCGGUCCAGCGGCACCACCUGCACUCGGUGUUCACGUGCCAGGCGGCCAACACCAAGCUGAUGCCGCCCCGGACCGCCAAGUUCGUGCUCGACAUGUACCUAAAACCAGUCUCGGUGAAAAUCCUCAACUCGACGCAGUCGCUGGCCACCAACCGGGAGUACAAGAUCGUGUGCCAAAGCAGCGGGUCCCGGCCGGACGCGAACAUCACCUGGUACAAGGGCAAAAAGGCGCUCAAGCGGUCCAAGGAGCUCGUCGUGCGGAACGUCACCGUGUCGGUGCUGACGUUCGUGCCGACCGUCGAGGACGACGGCCGGUUGCUGGGCUGCCGCGCGGAAAAUCCCAAAGUCUCGAGCCUCUACCUGGAGCAGUUCCAGAACAUUAGCGUGCACUAUCCCCCCGUGGUGACCCUCCAGCUCGGCUCAACCCUGUCCAUCGACGACAUCAAGGAGGGUGACGACAUCUACUUCGAAUGCAAGAUACAAUCAAAUCCGGCGUGGCGGCGGCUCUCCUGGCUGCAUAAUGAAAAAGCACUACCUCAGAACUCGUCGUCAACGAAAAUUGUCCGCACGAGCCAGAGUCUGAUCAUCCAGCGGGUGACGCGCAGCUCGAGCGGGUCGUACCAGUGCGGGGCGCUCAACACCGAGGGCGAAACCGUGAGCGACCGGAUCGUGCUGAACAUCAAAUACAUUCCCAUCUGCGCGACGGACAAGAUCGUCAGCCUGGGUGUGUCGAUCGACGAGACGGUAGCGAUUAGUUGCAACAUCAUAGCGCACCCGAACGCCAAACGGUUCUACUGGCGCUUCGAAAACUCCGAGGAGGUCAUCGAAAUUGACCCGUCCCGAUACAGCAACGACGGCAAUGCCAGCCUGCUCGAGUACACGCCCAGCUCGGACCGGGACUACGGAACGCUGUCCUGCUGGGGUACCAACGAGAUUGGCACGAUGGCCGAACCGUGCAUCUUCCAGCUGAUAACCGCCGGCCUACCCGCUCCCGUCAUCAACUGUGGCUGGCGAAACACCUCGGAAGCCCUGGAGGUCACCUGCCACUCCGGUUACGACGGAGGCCUGCGUCAGAAGUUUGUCCUCGAGAUGCUGUCCCAGCAGAAUUCGGGAGUUGGGAUCAACCUAACCAACCCGGAGGAGCCGACGUUCGUGGCGACGUUCGCCGCCCUUCGGGAGCAACUGCCAAACAUCCACCAGCCGGACCAGCUCAAGCUGUACGCGUACGCCGUCAACCAGAAGGGCGCCAGCGCGCGCGUCUUCAUCACCGACGUGGCCGUGGCCGCCGUCGAGAUGCCGGAACCGGCGGCCGGCCAAAAGUCACCCCUGCUAACGCCCAUCCUGAUCGGGCUGCUCGUUACGAUCGUGCUCAUCAUCAUCGUUAUAGUUGUUAGAAUUUAUCUGAAAUCGAAAAGACUUAAGCAAACUAUUAGUAAGGACAAACGGUACACGGAAGAGUCCAAAAACACGCUGCUUCUGAUGGAUCAGUCCAAGAAAGAAAAAUCGCAAAAGGCUUCCAAGUGGAAAAGUAGCAUGGGUAGUAGCAUAAAAACUAGGAAUAAGAUCGAAACCAUUGACGACGAACAGGACCCCGACCUCAUACCGUACCCCCGUCUCACCGACAUCCAGCAGGAGGAGCUCAUCCCGAUGAACUCGGACGUGUCGUUCAAGUUCAAGGCCUCGACAACGACGACGGCAACGAUGGUCCGGUUGCCACCGGCGGCCAUCACAGCGUCCACCUCCUCGAUGGCCACUGCCGCCGGCUGUGCGACGGCCCUCAGCGGCACCAUGACCACCACCACCACGAGCAGUGCGGUCAGCUUCAAGGACGACGACAUUUCCGAGGCGGAAAUCAACCUGAAAGGAAUUGAGGACUUUCUCAUGACGAAUCACGUGCCGGAGAGCUGUGUGUGAUAUCGAAAAGCGGUCACACACAUACACACCAUCAGCACAACAGCACACA